GAGGGGGAAGGAGAAGGGACGGAGGAGAGAGCGGGGGGAUGACUGCGUGAAAAGGAAAAAAAAAAACAACAAUCAUGGCUCCUGUAAUCCAUCCUACGUUUUUCUUUAAUGAUAAGCAGAAUUUUCGGUCAGUUUAGCUACACAGUAUGCCGCAAUAUAUGACGAGCCUCCCCAAUAAGCAUAAGCCGGUGUGAGAGAUGUCAUCUCCGGGCAUGGGCACCCCCAGUGACCCCCUUCUGGCCAGUCCAGGAGGGAGGUUAUCCACAGCUCAGGAAGGUAUUUGGAGGAGCUCACUGCCCAAAACUGCCAGCUUCCCCACAUCCACCACUCGUCACCUCAGUCACCGAGCCAACAACUUCCAAAGACAGCCAAAGCGUCGGAAGCUGAUAAGACCUUCGCCACCUCCACCGCCAAACACACCCUGUCCCCUGGACCAGCUGGACCUCAGUGAGCUUCCCCCUAGGCGUACUUUCCAAGAGCUGCUCUUCAAUGGCUGUAUACUGUUUGGUAUUGAAUUUAGCUAUGCCAUGGAAACAGCCUAUGUGACACCUGUGCUUCUACAGAUGGGCUUGCCUGAUCAGUUCUACAGCUUGGUGUGGUUUAUCAGUCCCAUACUGGGAUUCCUCGUUCAGCCUCUCAUUGGAGCAUGGAGUGAUCGUUGUACAUCGCGGUUUGGGCGAAGGAGACCCUUUAUUUUUGCCUUGGCUAUAGGAGCUUUGGUUGGUCUAUCCUUGGUGCUGAAUGGCCGGGACAUUGGAGGUGUGCUGGCCGACACAGCAUCAAAUCACAAGUGGGGAAUUGUCCUGACGGUGUGCGGUGUGGUUCUGAUGGACUUCAGUGCUGAUUCAGCCGACAACCCGAGUCAUGCCUACAUGAUGGAUGUGUGCAGCCCAGAGGACCAGGAUCGGGGGCUAAACAUCCAUGCGCUACUGGCAGGACUAGGAGGUGGAUUUGGCUACAUUGUGGGUGGUAUCAACUGGGACCAGACACAAUUUGGAAGGUCGAUGGGAGGCCAACUGCGUGUCAUAUACUUGUUCACAAGUGUCACUUUGGUAAUCGCCACAGCCAUGACUCUAAUAAGCAUCCCCGAACGACCCCUGCCAAAGAGCCUGCCACAUAAGAACCCCAGCAAAAGUCAUCUAAAAAGCCCCAGCCUCCCUCUUCCCCCCUCUCCCCCUGUUCCUCCAGGUUCAUCAUUGGGGCUGGAUGAGGAAGACGAGGAUGGUCUUUAUAGCUACCAUUUUUCUCCAAAGUCUCACUCAUGUAACUCUGACCCCCUGGCUCAUUCUUGCAGUGCCAAUGCACGUCUCUGUGCUGGCCUCACUAGCCCUAUAUCACCCCUGAGCCCCCUCACACCCAAAUAUGGCAGCUUUAUUAGUAGGGACAGCUCACUCACUGGCAUCAAUGAGUUUGCCUCCUCAUUAGGAACCUCCUAUAUAGACAGUGUGCUUAUAAACUGCUACACAGGUCAGCAGACACCGCAGGCCUUGGCUCCGAUCUCCACCACUGCACCUCUGCCUCCAGGGGACUCCCCUCCUCUUAACGAGUCCACACAGGAAGCAGAGAGCCAUCCUGCGGGACAGACCCAGACUGAUGUGGUGUGUCAUCCAGCUGGGGAAGCUCAGAAUGCAGAAGCACCACAGCCAGAGGGAGAUGCAGAAUCUCUUGGGGCAUCUCAGGUCACAGCUGGGGCUCAGCCUGGUGCAGGGCCACAUCGGGGCUCUUCUGCUGGUAUCCUGAAGCGACCUCAGAGUCUUGCACUAAUGGAGGAGCCCAUGGCAGCCCAGAUUGUUGGGCUGGAGAAUGGACGUAGGAGAACAGUGACCUUCAGCCAGCAGGUUGCAAACAUUUUGCUGAAUGGGGUGCGCUAUGAGAGUGAUCUGAGUGACAAUGUGGAGACAGGAGAGUCCCAAAUGUCAAUGAAGCUGCUGUGUAUAGCCAUCUACAGGAUGCCUCCUUCUCUGCGGAGUUUAUGCACUAAUCAUUUUUUGGGUUGGCUGUCUUUUGAAGGCAUGCUGCUCUUUUACACUGACUUCAUGGGGGAAGUUGUGUUUGAAGGAGACCCAAAGGCGCCCCAUGACUCCGAGGCUUACCAACGCUACAAUGCAGGUGUUAGCAUGGGCUGCUGGGGCAUGUGCAUCUAUGCAUUCAGUGCUGCUUUUUACUCAGCCAUAUUGGAGAAACUGGAGGAGCGUUUCUCCCUUCGCACUCUAUAUUUUUUUGCCUACCUGGCAUUUGGUUUGGGCACAGGCCUGGCUACACUGUCCACCAACCUCUAUGUGGUACUUUCUCUCUGUGUCACCUAUGGGGUGCUCUUCUCCUCUCUGUGCACACUGCCUUACUCUCUGCUGUGUGAAUACUACCAGAGCCCUCAGUUUUGUGGGUCAUCAGAGGAAGGGACCAGACGAGGCAUGGGGGUGGACAUCUCUCUGCUUAGCUGCCAGUAUUUCCUGGCUCAGAUCCUGGUCUCUGUGGCGAUGGGACCUCUGACCACACUGGUGGGUGGGGCCCAGGGAGUGAUGUACUUUUCAAGCCUGAUGUCAUUCGUGGGCUGCCUGUACUCCUCUCUCUGCGUGGUGUACCAGCUUCCCCCCCCUGAGGGUGAGCCACCCGAAAGUGAGACCCAGCCACUAUUGGUGCACAUUUAGAAAAAAAGAAAAAAGAAAAAAAAGAAGCCUCUUAAAUUACCUCACGCACACAUUUAGCGCCCCACACGCUCUCUCGCAGCCGCUUAGUGUCUGAGUGUGUUGACCUUCACAGCGCUGAUAGGACAAACACACCAUACACCCUGCCGCACACUGUACAGCACAUUUCCAUAUAUUGUUUCACAGCAAUCAGCACUGUUCUUUCUCAGAGCUAGACAGACAGACAGACAGACACUGGCCACUGCUCUAGUAUGUGUUUACAUGACCUGUGUGUUCAUACAGUCUGUGUGCCCAUGCAUAGUUUCCUGACUUUUUCCAAACUAAAUGUGUGACCUUUUUGAAUGCAAUGUGGGGCAAAUGUGUUUGUGUGUGUGUGUGUGUGAUGUGUGUGUGUGUGUGUGUGUGAGAGAGAGAGAGAGACCGUGACUGAACUCUUUCAGUAUAGGCAAACCUAAGCUGAUCUUGUGUGUGAUUGUUUGCUGUAAAAAUCACCUUUUCUUGCUUGUUGGUGUUUAGAAUAGAAAUGCUGAUCACUACGUACAGGCUAACCACAGCUUUCCCCUCUUUCUCUUCUUCUUUUAUCAGUUCCCUACCUUUCGCAUGACCUGCACUGUAAUCUCUCAAAGCCUUGUGUUAACAUCUUGUUUUGGUCAUAUGGCCAAGGGAAUGUCUACCUGCCUGUUUCUCUGAGUUAGCAUAUUAGCAUCACACCUUCGGCAGGAUUUACUGACUAGAUGAAUGUGCUGCCAGUGACCACUUACACUCACUCUUAAUUCCUCUUCAUUAAUUCAAGAGCUCUUCUGGCAUAAUUUAGCAAACACAUAUUGAAUAUUCAAAUGAAGCUGAACAACGCUUAAUCACAGUAACCGUCUUGAAGGGCUUCACAUUGUUCACAUUUUAUUAGCAAAUUGAAACAACACUUUCUACACCAUCCAGUCUUUAUGAGACUUAUCAUUGUGCUAUCCACAAAUUUCUUUUUGGUGCUGGGUGACUCUUAAUCAAUUCCCAAGUAUGGCUACAAUGACAAUUAAACACUUAAUCACCACAGAGCCAUGACUAUAUGGUUCACACAUAUGCACAUGCUCGUUCCCAAGCAUUCAAAAACACAGAGAAAUGUGUACUGGUGGCAAAUUCUGUCUGGGCCCUCAGUAAGCCAUGGACAGCCGUGAGCUGUCACCCUGCUCCUGGCCAUGCCAUUGUAAUAAUGACAGUGAUUCUUGUCAUUAUCAGGAAGAGGAGAAGUUGAAACUGGGGCGUGAAUCUGCAUUCAGUUGGAAACCGAACAAAACAGAAGAACAGCAAACAGGGAGAAGACUCAUGUGAACAAUGGGUAACCCUGAAGGUGGACAUCACUGAAAGGAAAGACUAUGGGGGUUCAUAGAGCCAGCAGAAAGUGCUUAUUGUCAUCAUUAGGGCGCAUGCUCAAGGUAGUAGGCUUCUGCACCACCACGCUCAGUCCAUCAACUCAGAGUAGUGAUGAUGACCUUGCAUUUGUUAGCCAAGUUCUCAACAGGAGGCAUCAAACUUCAUUCUUUUUUCCAUCCUGAAGAUGCCAUCUCCAUCAGUAAAAUGGCACAUAUAAUGUAUUUCUUACAUCUGUUGUGCCAUGGCAUACAAUAUGCUUUGUCUGUUAUGCUUCAACCCAGGCACCAAGCCUGACUUUCGGGCUUUAACAAAAGGUUAUGUUUUGUGCAUAACCUAUUUUAAGCCCACCCUCACGAUGGUUUCAUUGACUGGCUCGCACACGUUAUGGUGCCAACCAUAGGUGCGGCCUCAGCAGAAUGUCAGUGAUUUCCUACUAUUAAAGCCAACUGAACAGACUGGUUGCACACCAUGCUAAUGUUUCUGAGGAAACAGUAGCUGUAUGGGUCAUACUGUUGCAGCUUGCUUGACUAAAAGAAAAAGAAAACAUUGAGUUUUUGUGUUAUAUGUUACCACCUAUUGCUUAAUAUUAGCAGUGUCACUGUAAAAGCUAACUUUAUUCAGGGUUCAGUUACAACUAAAAUGAUGAUUUUGCCAUUUUGGACUCCUGUGUCAAUUAUUGUUUUUGCCGAUUAUCAUUGUGGCUCAUACUGGUUGUCACCUCACUUGACUCAAGUAUUAAUAAUCUCCAGUGUCAAAGUACACCACAUGGGGGAGCCAGAAGACAUAAAACCACAAUCGG